CCUGCUUCGCCGCCGCACCACCAGCACCUGAACAUCACUCAUGAGCGCUGGGAGGGGCCGCGCGGCCCCUCCGGGAGACAGCAGCGGCGGCGCGGAUGGGGACCCUUUGGGGUGCAAGGAAGCUGAGCUGCGCGCCGUCCAGUGCGUCUUCAAGCACGUCCUGGGGCUGGGCGGCAAGCAUAAGGCUGCUGCAACCGCGCCCCAGCCGCGCCUCAACUUUGAAGGGCCAGAGGCGACUGCUUUUGCGGCUGCCCACGGCCGGGCAGUGACGCUGGGCGACGUGCUGAUGCACCGGAGCAACUUCGUGGCGCUCAACCUGCAGCAGCACUUUGCUGGCCCGCUCCGGGCGGCGGCGGCGGCGGCGCAGGGCGGGCCGCUGCCGCAGCACGCCAAGCUGCCCUGUCCCAACUGCCUGAAGUUCACUCUCAUCUCCAAGGGGCCGCAGCUGCCCAACAUCCGCAAGCUGGCGAUGCCUGGAGGCGCCGCCUAUGUUCUGCCUUUCAAGCUGAAGUGCGAGCCUUGCAGCCGCCAAUACAGCACUACGAGUGAGGAGCUGUACGCCGCGCUGCGCAUCGUUGACCUGGGCUUCAUUGCCGACGCGGUGCCCGCCGUCUUCUCCAAGAAGGGUGCCCUGCACAAGGACCUGCUGGCCCAGCUCAUCCUGGACUACGAGUCUGGCCUCUCUAUUGAGGCCGCCAUACAGCGCGUGCGCACGAGGAUGGAGGCCUGGCGCGUGCAGGUGCUGCUGGACUUCUACGGCAUGAGCCGCAUUGGCGGCCAGCAUCGUGUGCUGCCUGCAGAUGUGGAAGCGGCCGCCAAGCACGACUGGCCGCUGCCGUUCCUGAGCGCAACCUACGUGCGCACGAUGCUGGAUGUCCACAUGGAGGAGCGGCGGCAACUGAAGCGGGCCGUGCUGGCGGGCAUCGACGCGGGCCCCCACCGCGCUGUGAGCUGCGACCACACCUUUGCAACCGCCAAGAAGAUCACCAGCAACGGGAGCAAGCCGUACGAGGCCAUCUUCAACAUGCUCAACUCGGUGGGCGAGGUCAUGCUCUCGAUCGGCGUGCAGACCACCAGCAUGCAGGAGGUCAAGCCCGCGUUACAACGCUUGCGGGACAACAUUGAGCGCAGCGGCGGCCAGGACAUGUACUAUGAGGACGCCAACGGCAAACCGCGCACCAUCCGCAGUUCCAGCCAGCUGGAGUGCUUGAACCGCUACAUGCGGGCUGCUGUGCCCGGUACCAAGAUGGGGCCCAAGAACGCGGACGCCGCCAUCCUCAACUUUCAGUACACCGUCGAGGCGCGCCCCCGCACGCGCCCAGACAAGUUCAAGCCGUACCCCUGCGGCGACCAUCACCUGUUGUACGAUGCGCGCCAAGCUGCGCGUGCGGCGGGCUGCCCCGAGGGCAGCCUGCCGUUCCCCGGCAUCAGCGAGCCCAAGCCCCCCCUCACUGCAGCCGACUUCAUCGGCUGCCUGUUGGUGCCGCGCUCGCUGGCUGCGCUGGCAGGGGAGCUGCCGAGCGAUGCGGCGGCAGCGGCGGCGCGUGGCAGCGGGAGCACUGCCGACGCCAUUGCGCGCACGCAGCGGCGGCUCAAGGCGAGCCUCGAGCAGGCUACUACCAAGUCCAAGCUCAACGACCCGGGCGGCGCACUGCAGGCGAUGUUUCGGGCAGCUGAGCUCGAGGCGCUCCUGGCGCAGCUGCAGCCGGCGACGCCAAGGGCCGAGGAGAGCGCGGAGCUGGAGAGCUGGAUGGAGGCCGACGACUUGGUAGAGGAGGUGGCGGGCACGGCUGCGCGGGCUGUGGCGGCCGACUGGGAACUGUACGCAGUUGAGGAGGAGAGCCCGGCCGCGCGUGCUGCGGAGGGCUCGGGGCGGCCUGCUGAUGCGGAAGCGCCAGCCGAGGAGCAGAGCCGGGCCGCGCGUGCUGCAGAGGGCUUGGGGCCACCUGUCGACGGCGCCGAACAGGCAGGUGCCAGGCCACGCCGCACGCCGCAGCACCGGCGGCGCUGGAGUGAAAUUGCUGGCAGCAGCGACGAGGAUGCAAGCGAGGCGCGCAGCCCCCAGCGUCAGCGGCGCACGGUGCGUACGGCGACGGCAGCAUCGCCGCCUGGCGCCCGGUCCAGCAGCGCCACACGCAGCCACUCCAUCGUCCGCCGCGCCCCGGCUGUGGCGUUGGCCUUCCCCCCACCGCACUGCGAGGAGACGUAUGCAUACCUUUGGGAGCUGCUGGCCGCGCGGAGCGGCAGAGUGCCGCAGGACGGCCAGCGGUGGGAGGACCUGGCGGCAGAGUGGACGGCAGGCUUGGCGCCGCGCCUUGAUGCGGCUGCCCGCAGCUGCACCACGACAGCGCUCAAGCCCACAACCGGCAAGUUCCUCAAGGAGUUCUACGAGGCCCAGCAGCAGCGCUUCGCAGCAGCCGCUGCGCAGGACCCCAACGCGCCAGCCGCCGCCGCCGCGGCUACGCUGGCUGCCGCGGAUGCAGCGGCAGCGGCGCCAACAGCGGCAGCUGCGGAGGCGGCGGCAGCGGCGGCAACGGCGGCAGCUGCGGAGGCGGCGGCAACGGCGGCAGCUGUCGGCGGUACCCCAGGCGGUGCCACCGCCGUUGCUUCUGGCCCCAUCGUGCUCAGCCCCGCGCCGGCCUUGGUGGAGCAGCAGCAGCAGCGGUCAAGCGGCAUUGCUGGGCGCGGCGGUCGCGGGCAGGGGCAUGCUGGGCGUAGCCAAGGCCGUGCUGCCCGCAAAGGCCCAAACCUUUGCCGCGGCUGCCGUUACUACCUCGACUGGCCUGUGCAGUUGACCACCGUGCACAGCCUGCAGUGCAAGUGGUACAAGGCGUUCAACGAGCGCUUAACCGAACAGCAACGGCAGCAGGUGUCGCGCAAGUGGAGCAAGGCCAAGACGGCAGAUGAGGCCUUCCGCGCCAAGGGCAGCGGGAGCAGCGAGGAGCGCGCCGCGGCGGCGGCAGCGCGGCGCGCAGAGCUGGAGCGGCAAGGCAUCGCCUGGCCAGAGGCAUCGCCCGCAGCAGCAGGCCCCGCAGCGGCGGCGGCUGGAGGGGCGGCAGCAGGAGCAGGAGCGGCGAGAGCGGCGGCUGGAGCGGCGGCAGGAGCGGCGGCAGGAGGGGCGGGAGCGGCGGCAGGAGCGGCGGCAGGAGGGGCGGGAGCGGCGGCAACCUCCAACCGAAUCGCUGCUAUGUGGUCAAACUUUACAGGCAUCAGCCUCCAGCGCCGCGCAUGAUGUAAUCAUGCAACACUGC